UCCGCAGGCUACUGAUUUUGGGAAGAUGACCGCUGUGGCAAGCAUCUCAGCUGCCGUGAGGAGGCUUCAAGAAUUGUUGCUCGACGAAGCGAGACCUUUAGGCCAGUUAGAACCGGAGGUCAAGAGCACUGUGUUGCCGAGACUGCAGGAGUCGGAGGAAAUGUUGAUGGGGCUACCAGCCCAUAAAAUAAGAGUAAAAGGAGCCCAGGAUGAUCUGGAGUUUGGAAGAACGACCAGAAGUCUGUUGUCUUCUAUUGAGGAUAAGGUGGAAUCGUAUGCCCUCCAACUUGGAUCUGCAACUAGCAGUAGUCGUGAAGCAUGUUGCGGUGGUGGUGGUGGUGAGAAUACAGCGUUUGGGAAGCUCGUAGCUGACUUGAAAGUUUCUGUUGAUGGACUCAAGGAUUGCGUUACAUCCUACUGUGCACAACAAAAUCAAUAUCAACAGAAUCGAAAGCUAGGACAAAGGUCCCAAUGGCUCGUCUCUCGAGCAAAUUUCUCUAGCGGCCGCUGGGGAGAUGAAGCUUUUGGAUUGGAGGAGGAAGUACUUGAGCUGACAAAGGUUUUAGUAAGUGAGGAGACUGAUCCCAGGGUUGUUUUCAUAGUCGGAAUGGGUGGAAUCGGCAAAACAACCCUUGCCAAGAAACUGUUCAAUCACCCUGAUGUUCGGCAUCAUUUUAAGGGUUUCGCCUGGGUCUAUGUCGGUGGUCACUGGAGCACCGGAGAUAUCUUGAUAACUAUACUCGACCAACUGUCCUCCUUGCCGAGGAAGAAACGGGAGUCGAUGAUGAAAUCCGAGGAACUGGAGCUGGCCCCACAGGUGUUCACAAUUCUACAGCGAAAAGGUUGCCUGGUCGUUUUGGACGACUGUUCCGACCGUGAACUCUUGGAUAUCCUAAGCAUUGCCUUCCCAUUUGCGGUGAGGAGUGCUAGUGCUAGCAAAUUCAUUCUCACCACUCGAAACCGGAAUUUAAGCAGAUUUCUUGAUCCAGGUGCAGUAUACAGCUUGCGCAUGGAAUCACUGAAUGAAAAGAAGAGCUGGGAUCUACUCUCUCAUAUUUGGCGCAAGCUAGAGGAGGGUCCGUUCCCAGGGAAACUGGUGCCAAUUGCAUGGGAAAUAUUAGCUCGAUGCGAAGGCUUACCAUUGGCUAUCAUUGUACUGGCGAGCAUGUUAAGAACUGAAAGGGAAGGUGAGCGGGUGCUUCACAAUCUUCUUCAGAGCCGCCGCCAGAUGGAUGGAUUUCCCAUAGGCUUUCAUUGCCUACUGUCAGCUUACUACGCUUUGCCACUGCGCCUAAAGGCGUGCUUUCUUUAUUUGGGAAACUUCCCAAACAAUUCAAGAAUACAAGUAGAGAAGUUGUGCCAGCUUUGGAUUGCUGAAGGUCUGAUAUCAGCUGAGGAUGGGGCAAGCGAAGAAACAAUGAUGGAUGUUGCAGCAAAAUAUUUCGGCGAAUUGGUAGCAAGGAGCUUGGUAACUCUGGAAGAAGAUGAAGUGUCAGACUUAAGGCUCAUGUCCGGCCACAUUCAUGGCCUGAUAAGAAGUCUCUGCAUAACAGAGGGAAGAGAGGACGAAUUUUUUGAGAUCAUGCCUGGCUCGGAACCAUAUAUGAUUUCAAAAGCACAAAGAUGUGCUAUAUAUUUCGAUAAGUAUUACAGCGUAUCAAAUGUUACCCCCUCUGCUAACCUUCGGUCUCUUUUAUGCCUCAACUCUGAACAAUCAGGGCAAGGAUCUAGGUGGCCACAGGGACUUUUUGAUUUCAGAAAACUUAGACCGCUAAGAGUUUUAGAUUUUGACAGAGUUAGUUUUCAAGAUGGAAAUCUUCCUCAAGGAGUAGGAAAUUUAGUCUUCUUGAGAUACUUGAGUUUUCGAGGAUGUUACCUGGAGGAUUUGCCAUCAUAUAUUGGCAACCUUUUGUACUUGCAAACCCUCGACCUAAGGGUUCAAAAAGAUUGCAUAAUGACCAUUUCAAAUGUCAUUUGGAAGCUUGAGCGAUUAAGACAUCUGUAUUUCCCUCUAGCAUUUCAAACUCCUGAUCAUGGUGGAAUGUUGAAACUGGACAGCUUGAGACAACUAGAGAUACUAGAGGGAUUGGAUACAAGUGUGUGCAGAGCAAAGGACCUCAUAAAGCUGACCAACCUUCGGAUUCUAGCAGCAACAGCAGAAGGAAACCUCGAGGACUUGGAGCUCAUCAUCCGCUACAUAGGCAUCAACUCAAGCCACUUGAAGAGGACAUCGCUCGACAUUAAAAAGUUUGAUUGUUACUCUGAGGAACGGCUGUCUUUCAUAAAAAGAUUAUUCAGCUGUCCUCUUCUUGAUACUCUGCAAAUAGAAGGGCAUAUAGGAAAAAUGUCAGACAUUGGUAAAGGUAAUAUGUUAGACAUUGGUACAAUAUCUCCUAGCUUUACCAAGAUUGUGUUAAAUGGUUCUGAACUUGAUCAAGACCCUAUGCCAACACUGGAGAACCUUCCCAACCUGAGGAUCCUUGUCUUGGAAGUCGAAGCAUACGCAGGAAAGAAAUUGCAUUGUUCUGAUACAGGUUUUCCUGAACUCAGGAGUUUAAAGCUCUCCAAGUUGUACAACUUAGAAGAAUGGGAGGUGGACAUAGGAGCAUUGCAAAAGCUUUCUACUUUAGAGGUUUCCAUGUGCAGGAGAAUGAAAAAGCUUCCUGACGGAUUACAAAGCAUCAUUACUCUCAGAAAGCUGAAGGUCAGCAUGAUGCCACAACAAUUCUUAGGCAGGCUACGAAUGAAAAAUGGCAGAGGAGGAGAAGAUCGUCACAAAAUCAACUCAAAGUGUUCAAUAGAAUUUGGAAAUGAUGAUCCUUGGCUUGAGUCUACCAUUUCAGCAUGUCAGCAAAACAAUUCCUUUGAUGGCAGAAUCACCGAAUCUCAGACUUCAAGUUCCACUCAUAGUCCAAACCUGACCGGAAGUUUUGCAUGCUUACCAGAAACUGAAAGGGAAAGAGAUGUUUACCUUCAAUGAUGCCCGUUGAGAAAAUGUACCAAAUUGUGAACUUUCAUCUCCGCUUUAACUUUCUUGUGCCCUGCUCCAACAUUGUGGCAUGGCCUAGGUAUGCUCUUCUCAGAAGUCAGGCCAGAGAAGAAAGAUGGAUAUCUGUCAAGCUCAAGCUGCAGACACUGUCAGAAGUUCAGUCUGGACUCCAAGAAACGAAUUGGAGGAGGAUUUUUACCUUAACGAGAGUUGCACUAGCCAAUCCCUGUUCUUCAGGAAAGGCUUCUUUCUUGCACCGUAGUCUUCACAUCACUCACCAAAUGCCCUGCUUCAAUAUUUUGCCAUUGGUUAAGUGAGUUUUCAAUUGUUAAUUUGAACUUCAUCAUGUCAAAGGCUUUCACAUAUAAAAGCUGUAUUCUGAAUUUCCGUUGUUGUAUUUCUAUGUAAUAGUAAAUGAGCUCAU